AAUACGUGUCCAGAUAGAUUUACAACACUCUACAAAAUACAUGUGUGUUGUGCUUUUCAUCACACUUUGUAUACACAUAUCUCACUCAAAGACUCCUAGACAGUGUUAACCAUUGUUUCGCAAUGAGGCGCGCCGGCUUGGGUGAUGGACCUUCUGGAAACUACGUCGCAAGUGGAUACAGCGUGUACGAAGAGGAAAAUGAACAUCUCCAGGAGGGACUGAGAGCUAAAGUCAGCGCUUUGAAAAGUCUGUCAAUCGAUAUCGGAACGGAAGUGAAGUAUCAGAAUAAAAUGCUGGACGAGAUGGAUACCGACUUUGACUCAACGGGCGGCCUGCUCGGCGCCACCAUCGGCCGAGUCAAACAGCUGUCCAGAGGCAGUCAGACCAAACUGCUGUGCUACAUGCUGCUCUUCUGCUUUUUUGUCUUCUUUGUACUCUACUGGUUCAUCAAGUUGAGGUGACAGCUGGAACCUGUUGGACUUUGAACACGCAUCUCAAAAUAUAGACAGACGAUCACCUGAUUACGAGUUGAGUCAUCAGUGCCAUGGUUCAGAAAUGAGCAAUGGAUCCGUGGAUGUUCUUAUCGUUUGUUAAUUAUGCAUAACACAGAGCAACUGCAGUAUGUGUUACACAGAAAUGAAUGGCUAUAUUACAGACUAUAUUGGGGGGGGGGGGGGAGCAGCAAAAAUAUGAAAUGUGUUCUCAAUGUAAAUAAUUGUUCUGAUGAUCUUUUUAACCAUUAAACAUUUAUCAGGUGUUUCCUUCAAUUAAAA